CGAUGAUAGUCUUCAUUUAAACGCGAUACUGUCCGGUAUUAAUUAUCCUGCGAAUCGUUGUUGGAGGUGUAUAUAACUUCUUGUAAACUUGGUUCUUUAACAAAAAUCGCUGAUUUGUGACUCUAAGAUUAAUAAACCGUCAAAUUGUUUUCAUGUUUUAGCUUUUGAGUGUAAAAUAAUAUUUACGAGCAUCAUUUGAGUUAAUCAUAAACAUUUUACGAUACGGAAUAGAAACGUGGAUGGCACUCAAUGUUACCUGAUAAAAUAAACGGAAUUAGCGAAUAAUUUACACGAAUUUUGCUGAGUUGAACCAUACAAUGCUUGUAUCUGUGACGGAAAAAAAUGACCUCUGGACAUAGAUUUUUAUUGACAUUAUUCAUUACGUCGCUAGUCACUGCAAUCGGUGGUACAACGCUUGGCACUUCGACUAGCAAUGCAAACUGCCAAACAACUAUAGAUGGUAUUCCAACAGUUAAAUCUGUCGGUGACACCUGGAACGGCCAAGAUCCUUGCGAUAAAUACAUCUGUGAAUCAGGGCCUAACAACACUGCGCAUCAUCGAUUGUUGCGCGAGUAUUGUUUCAUAAAAUGCAACAACGAAUUCGAAUUGGUGGUGAAGGAGGGACAGUGUUGCGGUGAGUGCGUGCAGACGAAAUGCCACGCUGAUGGGAGAAUUUAUAACAUUGGAGAUAUGUGGAAGAGCAAGGAUGGAUGCACAUUCUCCGAGUGUGUCCAAAGGGGAGAUUCAGUGACGGUGACGUCAUAUAAGAAAACUUGCCCAGAACUGAAGAACUGUCCCAGAGAGAAUGUAUCUGUUAAGGAUUGCUGCCCGUAUUGUCAGAGUGGGAAGCAAGCUCCCGAUGGUGAUGAGACCAGUCAUGAGUUUACCUUUGAUUCCGAAAAGUUUGCGAAAAUAUUGGACAGGGACACUUACCUGAAUCAUCCUUGUGUCAGAGACUGCAAAGAUGGAUCGCCGCCAAUGACCUGUAAUUAUACCUUUAUGUUGGAAUGGUACGAAACGUUAAGCAAGGCGUGUUACGAUUGUCCGUUCAAUGAAACUGAUUGCUACAGACCUCAUUGCAUCUACGCCGAUGGCAUACGUCGCAGUAUUUUAGUGGUAAACAGAAUGAUGCCUGGACCGCCGAUUCAGGUCUGCAAAUUCGACACAAUUGUUGUAGAUGUCGUGAACAGAAUGAUGGGAGAGAGUACAUCAAUUCAUUGGCAUGGUAUGCAUCAACGUGAAUCACCUUACAUGGACGGUGUGCCAUUUAUAACGCAGUGUCCGAUUCCACCUCAUACAACGUUCCGUUACAAAUUUUCCGCCGAUCACGAGGGAACACAUUGGUGGCAUUCGCACAUUGGCAUGCAACGCACUGACGGCGCCUUUGGUGCUUUGAUUGUUCGUCAGCCAAUGAGAAAGAUUCAAUUCGGCAGCCUGUACGAUUACGACCUGCCGGAACACAUUAUGAUCAUACAGGAUUGGGACAUUAGAACGGGCACAUCAAGCUUCAAUUCUUUCCAUCAUUCCAUCGGCAACAAUAAACCAAAAAACAUUUUGAUCAACGGAAAGGGCAAAUUUUACGAGAAGACAGUUGAUACCAGGAAAAAGGGUUCGCCUGCUCAAAUCGACAAAAGUCCGUCAACUACCACUACUACCACUACUACAACUACUGAACGAGGUGCUGAUCAUCAGGUUUAUGGCGAUAUCAACGAUCCAGUUAAAUUUGAUAUUCCAAUUAGUCCCGCACUUCUGGAUCAAUUGGAACCGGCCAACAUUCCGACUGUGCAUAAGAUUGUUAAUGGAGAAAUGAACCAGUCGUCUGCUAGAAAACGAGAAAUUCGAGCGACAGAACCCAUUCUGGUUCCGUUGGAAGUGUUCGAAGUGCAUCAAGGUCAAAAUUACAGAUUUCGCACGAUAAACGCUGGAUUUCUUAACUGUCCAGUUGAAAUAUCUGUCGAUAAUCACACUCUUACGGUAAUCGCUUCAGACGGCGAGUAUUUCGAACCGGUAGUUGUUGACACUCUAGUCACAUAUGCCGGCGAACGAUUCGAUUUCGUCGUGAAUGCGGAUCAACCAAUCGGAAAUUAUUGGAUUCGUGUGCGCGGUUUGAUGGAUUGUGACGAACGAUUCGAGAAAGCUCAUCAGGUGGCUAUCCUAAGAUAUAGACGAGCUCCCAAUGAACAUCCAGCUGGCAUCCCAACUUAUGAUUACCAACGCGAUGGAUUGCAGUUGAAUGCGUUGAAUAAAGGUAGCGGGCACGUUGAAUCGGUGUCCAUAGCCGAGCUUACCAGUCUCGAUGAAGUCCAUCCAAAGCUUCUACUACCAAACGCCGAUUUCCAGUUUUACGUCUACUACGACUUCUACGACAGUUCCAAUCCCCAUUUCAACGAUCCGAAUUUGUAUGCAAAUGACGCGAUGACAACGAUUGAAAAUCAGUUCAUUGGACCGCAACUAAAUCGCAUAGCCAUGAAAAUGCCGUCGUCGCCUCUAUUGGUGGCGAAAGAUAAUUUAGACGAAUCGGGUUUCUGCAACGAAACUUCGCUGAUGAAUAAAAACAUCGACUGCGUCGAGCAAUUCUGUGAAUGUACACAUGUUCUACAGGUCCCACUGAACGCAUCUGUUGAACUAAUCAUAGUGGACGAAGGCUACAGAUACGAUGCAAAUCAUCCCUUCCACUUGCACGGCCAGGGCUUCCGUGUAGUAGCAAUGGAAAGGAUUAAACCGUCUGGGAUCAAAAUCGAAGAGGUGCAGGACCUAGACCGGCAAGGGAAAAUUGUUCGCCGUUUAGAAGGUGCACCAAUGAAAGACACAAUAACCGUUCCCGACGGUGGUUUUACGAUAGUUCGAUUUGUUGCUGACAAUCCGGGAUGGUGGUUAUUCCACUGUCACAUUGAGUUUCACAUCGAAGUUGGCAUGGCAUUGGUGUUUAAGGUUGGCGAUGUCAGCCAGAUGAAAACGCCACCGAAGGACUUUCCAAUGUGUUCCAAUUACAUGCCGAGAAUGGGCGAAAACAAGAAUGGAAAUGAGGGCAAUGUUAGCCGGAUAUCGUUGGGCGUCGUUGUAAUGGCGUUGUUUGUACAAAUUGUGAUAAAUUCAAUAAAUCUUUAAGACAAUAUAUAGACCUAGAUAGUUGUAGAAAUGUGUCAGUGUUAAGUUAUUGCUCGCUGUUGUAUGGAAAGGACGGACAUAGCCAAUUUUUUAUGGAAAAUAAAUUUGACCACCAAAACGGAUUGAGUUUCGAAAACGGAAA